AUGCAAAGCUGGAGUGAAGUUUCUCUGAACUCUUCACCAGUUCCGCCGGGUCUUCGUGCGCAAUGCAUCCCUAUCAUCGAUAACAUCCUCCACGAAGCCGAUCUUACCACUAUAACGAGGAGGAACAUUCGGCAGGGGAUUCAAGACAAGGUUGACACCGAUCUUACCCCGUACAAAGCUGCUAUCAAAGCUCUGAUUGAUGAGAGAUUCGACAUCAUCGAGGCCAAACAGAAUGGUGACUCGCCAGUGGUGGCGUCGGUUGAACAGGCCGAGCCCGCUCCGGCGACAAAUGGCGUUCAUAAGAAUCAGGUCUCAUCACCAUCUGCUUCCCCUGCGAAAAGGGAUGCAAGCGAAGCAGGGUCGGAGGUCAUAGACACACCACCCCCGAAGAAGAAGCGUAAAGCCAGCCUUGACGAGGACGCCGCUUUCGCUGCUCGUCUUCAAGCGGAAGAAGACAAAUUAGCCCGGCCUACACGAGGAGGUGCUAGCAGAAAGAGUGCUCCCGCCAAAAAGAAGAAAAGAACAAAGAAGGAACGGGUCACUGGAUCUGACGAUUCUGAUCUCGAGGAUGACGCCAAAGAGCAGAAGCCCAAGCGAGAGACGGGAUUUCACAAACCACUGAUUCUGUCCCCCGCGUUAUCUGCCUUCUUCGAUGGAGAGACCAAGAUGUCACGGCCUGAGAUCACCAAAAGAAUGUGGGCAUACAUCAAGGCGAAUGACCUGCAAGACCCUAGCGACAAGCGGUAUAUCGUCUGCGAUUCAAAAAUGCGAGAAAUAUUUCGACAAGAUAAAGUGCACAUGUUUACCAUGACCAAGCUGAUCUCACAACAAAUGUACAAUCCCGAAGAUUAG